GCGCCGUGACGCUCCCACUCCCCUGCCUGCCACUAUGGCAAUUGCUCCCGCUGGCUUGCGCCCGGCCUAAAGUAACUUUCUCUUCCGUCUUUCCGAUUGACUUUUAGGAAGACCAGUGCUGGCUCCGCAUCCUUUCCUCUACAACCAAUAGAAAGGCUGGCUGGGCGGUUUUUGUCAAGUAGCAGGGUCGUUCUGUGCCUAGGGCUUGAAGUCAGGCAGCGGACACGACACGAGGGGAGGGUCACUGUUAAAGGGCCAGCAGUGGAAGAAAGGUCUGCGGAGAGUUUCGGGGUUUUUUUUGGCUAAGUCCUGUCAGGGUGGUUAUAAACGCACCGCGCCUUGGUGGGGGGUAAAUAUCCCAGGAGCCGCCGGCCGCAGAAUGGAGCAGGCAGCGCCUAAAAGGUUCUUUAUAAAACAAUGUUGGCAAAGCAGAUUGAAAGGAUCAAAUGUACAAAACGAUUCACCAGUAAAUUGAAAAAGCUGAGUGAAGACAGCUUGACUAAGCAGCCUGAAGAAGUCUUUGAUGUCCUAGAGAAGCUUGGAGAAGGGUCGUAUGGCAGUGUAUUUAAAGCUAUUCAUAAAGAAUCUGGGCAAGUAGUGGCAAUUAAGCAGGUCCCUGUUGAAUCAGACCUACAGGAAAUAAUUAAAGAAAUUUCAAUAAUGCAACAAUGUGACAGCCCUUACGUUGUCAAGUACUAUGGCAGCUACUUUAAGAACACAGACCUGUGGAUUGUUAUGGAGUACUGUGGAGCUGGUUCUGUCUCAGACAUAAUUAGAUUACGGAAUAAAACGCUUACAGAAGAUGAAAUUGCAACCAUUCUUAAAUCUACACUUAAAGGGCUUGAAUAUUUGCAUUUCAUGAGAAAAAUACAUAGAGAUAUAAAGGCUGGAAACAUUCUCUUAAACACUGAAGGGCAUGCCAAAUUAGCUGACUUUGGAGUGGCUGGACAGUUAACUGAUACAAUGGCAAAACGCAAUACCGUAAUAGGUACUCCGUUUUGGAUGGCCCCAGAGGUAAUACAAGAGAUUGGUUAUAACUGCGUUGCAGACAUCUGGUCCCUUGGUAUUACUUCAAUAGAAAUGGCAGAAGGAAAACCUCCGUAUGCUGAUAUACACCCAAUGAGGGCAAUUUUUAUGAUUCCUACAAACCCUCCUCCAACAUUCCGGAAGCCAGAGCUUUGGUCUGAUGAAUUCACUGAUUUUGUGAAAAAAUGUUUAGUGAAGAAUCCCGAGCAGAGAGCGACAGCGACCCAACUUUUGCAGCAUCCUUUUAUUAAGAAUGCAAAACAAGUUUCAAUUCUGAGAGACCUGAUUACUGAAGCUAUGGAAAUUAAGGCAAAAAGGCAUGAAGAACAGCAGAGGGAAUUGGAAGAAGAGGAUGAAAAGUCGGAUGAAGAUGAGCUGGACUCCCACACCAUGGUGAAGACAAGUUCAGAGAGUGCUGGCACAAUGAGGGCCACUAGUACUAUGAGUGACAGUGCUCAGACAAUGAUUGAACAUAAUAGCACGAUGCUCGAAUCAGAUUUGGGAACCAUGGUGAUAAAUAGUGAUGAUGAUGAUGAAGAAGAAGAUGAAGACGGAACCAUGAAAAGAAAUGCUACAUCACCACAGGCUCAGCGACCUUCUUUUAUGGACUAUUUUGAUAAACAAGAUUCCAAGAAUAAAAGCCAUGAAAACUGCAACCAGAAUAUGCAUGAAUCUUACCACAUAUCGAAGAAUGUCUUCCCUGAUACCUGGAAGGUUCCUCAAGAUGGUGAUUUUGAUUUUCUAAAAAACCUAAGUUUGGAAGAGCUGCAGAUGAGGUUAAAAGCUUUGGAUCCAAUGAUGGAACGAGAAAUUGAAGAGCUUCGUCAAAGAUACACGGCCAAGAGACAACCAAUUCUGGAUGCUAUGGAUGCAAAAAAACGAAGGCAACAAAACUUCUGAUCUUCUUACUACCUAAGAUAAUGCAACAAGUUGAGAUUGGACACAGGCAGAAACUGUGUACAUAGUUACAAGUCUUGAAAAACUGCAACCUCAAACUUCUUAACAACUUAAGCUGAAAUACUAAAAGGAAGCACAUUGUAUGUCAGGCAGCCUGAGUGAAAAACCUGCCCUGUUUUUUAUGUUUAAUACAAUAGAAGUGUCACAUUCCACUUCCUGAUCCCUUUUGGCUGUGUUGCAUUAAUGCUGUGCGUUGUACAAUAAGGAGUAGUAUUUGGUUCCUGGUAAGACUUAAAACUAUCUCCUGAUUGCACAAUAAUGCAGGGCCUUAAGUUGCAAUAUAUUUUCCUCUCAUUUAAAGGUAUAUUUAUUGUAUACGCUUAGGUGAUAUUUAUUUUUUGAUGCUUAACUAUAAAUAGCGCUUGCAGAUACUAAUAGUGGAAGCCGGAAUAGAAUAAGUAAAAUGUAUGUGGCCACACUCUAAACAAAAGUUACUACUAUAUAUUAAGACUUGGCUCAGGUAAAGAGUGUUUGCCCUAGUUGCCUUGUAAGCACACAUAUAGGUCUCAUGGGAUUUUUAGUUAGGAGCUUGAAGUUGUGCAUGCAUUUCAAGCACUGUGCCGAUUUCUAGGGCUAGUAAUACACUGGCUACACCAGAGAGAGGGCACAAUCCACUAAGAGGUUUGCCUGUGCAAAUCUUUUUGACAUGAAUGGGGGUUAUGCACUCUUAAACAACUUCCAUUUAUUGUCCGAGGAUUUUAGUAGGAGACAUCCCCAGUAGGUUUUUCCUUUGGCUUGUUACUUUGACUUUUGUGGAAAAGGAUCUUGCAAAAUAAGAGACAAGUGCCUAUAUAGUUUUUCUCUCCCUACCUCCCAACCCAUUUUAGUUUCAAUAUCCCGCUUGGCUCCAUAAUAAAAAUACUGUUAAACUAAGUGGACCAUUUUUUGCUUAUUUUUUCCAAUAUCUUUAUCUAUUUUCCCCUCCUUGUAUUGGAAAUAUUUUAUUGUUAUAAACACACUUUGAGAAAUACUAAUUGAAAAACCAAAGAAAAUUAUUCUGGUCCAUAGUUACAAGCAUGCACUGGGCCUUUCCCCUCCCCCUAGUAUUUUUCCUUUUUGGCAGCUUUUCCUGCCAAAUGCCAAAGCCAUUUUUAAAAACUCUGCUGAGUUUAAAAUGCGUUUUGCAUUUUACUGCCUCUGCAAAGGAAAUAGCUGGAGAAAAACUCCCGGGCACGUUAUGUGUCUUCUAGCACAAUUCUGUACUUGUUUACUCAGAAGGAAGUCUCAUUGAAUUCAGUGGGUCAUUCCCAUGUAAGUGGCUAUAGGAUUGUGGCCUUAAUUACAUUGGUGCAUUGUGAGCAAUAAGUAGGUUAAUAAUGCUCCAAAAGAGAUAGAGCAUUAUAGGCACUCUUUUAAUAUCUGGUCUGGCGUAUUUAUAUUUUCUGUAGAAAAAUGUGGCUGCAAGAGAAAUACAGGGUUUAAUAUCCUAAGAGAUAGUGUAUCAAACUUACAUGCUUGCAAGGUUGCAGAAGAGUGCAUGUGACAGUAAAAAAGCACCGAUAGGCAUCCUGUCUUUUCCAUAGCCACAGGUUUGCUAUUGCCACAGUAUUCCAGCCCUGUUGUUUAGGGUUUUCUUGGAUGCAUGCAACGUCAGUGGGUUUUACUUAGUAUAUGAAGAACGCUGCUGGAUCAGACCAAAGAGCCAUCCAGUUCAGCAUCCUGUUUCUCACAGUAACCAGCCAGAUGCCCAUUAAACACCCACAAGCAGGACAUGCCUUUUCCAACUGUUGUUCCCCAGCGACUGGCCCUGCUGCCUCUGAUCCUGGAAGUAGCAUAUAGCCAUCAUGACUAGUAGCCUUAUCUUCUAUGAAUUUGUUGAAGCCCCUUUUAAAACCAUCUAAGGAGGUGGCAUCCUUAGGUUAACUAUGAGCUAUGUGAAGAAAUACAUCUCAUGUUAUCCAUAUCAGUAAGGGCCCAUGGCAUCUGGAGUGUCCACAGUAGCAACAGCGGCUUUUUUCAGCCAGGCACCAAACAAAGCACUUGCCUCUUAGUAAGUUAUAUUUUUCAGCCCUUGAUUUGCACUUAUAUCAGUAGGGGAAGAGUAUCCUUUUGCUAUCAAUACCAGUAAGCUCUGUCUGUGGGGUCUUGGAAUCCUUUAUAUAAGUCAUUGUGCAAUUACCUUAGCGCAGACCGCACGUUUAUUUCAUCCUGACUUUCCCCUAACUUACCAAUUAAUAUGGCUAUGGUGCUCAUAUAUUUCCCAGAAACUUUGACAUAAUUGACAAUGACUUGUACACAGUGCUAGUAAGGAUUUUAGUAGUGACCACUAGGGAGAUGUUCUGUGAAGGUUUCUGGAUUUUACUGAACACUUCAUUUUUACUGUUCACUGCAAAGAGGCAAACUGCACAGCACACAUUCUGAAAAACCUUUAAACAAUCAAAAGAAAUUAUGAGACCGUACCUUUAUGUUUCAGCUGAGUAUGAUCCUACCACAUGCUUUGUGCAUGUGUGCACCUGAAUACCAGUCUGUGUACCUGUGCUUAAAACAAUCUAAUAUUUUAUAAUUUCCUAAAAUGCUCUUACAAACCCUUUAUUGCUUGUAUGAAAGAGAUGGAAAAUUUGUGGUUGCGAAUCUUGAUUGGAAUUGAUAUUGAUUGGAAUUGAGACUACGUGCUCCUGGUAUGCCACUAAUUUUAUUACAUCAGAGUUGUGGUGAUGUACUGUGAAAUUAUAGUUGAUCAUUUAGUUGUAAAUCAGAUUUCUAAAAUGUUUGCUAGCUGUACUGUUAAUUAUAGGUACUUAUAGUGUGACAUAUAGAACCUUCCUAUUGACGUGUUUUGUAAUGAUUACAAUAUAGAAGAAUCAUGCACAUUGCCUCAUUGGCAGUAUGAUCAUCCUCUACUACAAUAGUUAACAUAUCUGUGCAACAUGCUGUACAAGGCAAGUAGGGCAGAGUGUACAGUUAUAUUUGCAGUAAAGACUAAUUCCUUAUGAUAUAGCUCCUAGCCAAAGCUAAGAGCUAUGGGCAUUGAGAAUGGGAUACAUGGGACCAAUUGUGAUUCUGCCUUGAGAAAGUCUUUCCCCAUACUGAAAUAGCAGUACCAAUUAUUGUUCCUAUUUAGUUCAGUGAAGAGAACAAAUGCCUACCACUGAUGAGAAGGAGUCAGUGGUCCCCUUCUGCCAGUGUUUUCAAUGGGGUUUGCUACAAACAGUGCUCUGUUGCUUUUCCAGUACAAUAUGUCACUAUUGUGUACUGAAACGGGAGGUGUGAGAUGUGGGGAGCUUAGUGUAAUGUGAUGUGUGGCACCACCACCACCAAUCCAACACCGUGGUUGUUGUGUGCUGUACAGCGCUGAGCUUCCUCUGCCCUCCCCCUAUCGGUAAGUGGCAGUGAUGUACCAUGCUGGGAAGCCAAGAGAGCGACCCAGCUCCCCCCACCGCCAGCUGCUACUAACUAAAAGGUAAGUGUCUCUGUUGCUUGGCAUCACUACAACACUCUUUUAGAAUGUCAAAAGAGACCCCCUCAGUUUUUCAGAGCAGCACACCAAAGUCUUAAUCAUUUUUAAAAUUAAAUUUCAAAUACAUUUCUAAGCCACAUCUUUUCCAAAUCAGCAAAGAAGUACCAAAAAAGUCAGUGGUGACCAUCAGCCUUGUCUUCCUCUGGUGUGCCUGAUGCAUAAUUAAUUGACCAAUCAGACAUUCUCUGAGUUUAUCUUUUGGUGUUGCUUUGAUUAUUGUUGCACACUGCAACCCAAAAGGACAAUAUUAAACCAACAGUGAUCAAGUCAAGACAUGAAACAUCUGGAAACAUCUCUGUUCACAUACUGACCCUGUUUGAAUGUAGAAAUAUCUGCAUAAUAAACUAAGACAUGUGCAAGCUUUGACCCCACAUGCUCCAUGCUAAUAUUGCCCCUUCCUUUCUACCUACUUUCCUUCUCAGCUUGCCUUGCUUAACCCAGGAAGUCUUCAAUUAAUAGUGGUUUCCUACUGUGUCCCAAUUGGGAACCUAUGGUUUCUGGGUUUGGAACAAACCAGUAUCUUAACUACAAAACUGUGGUUUCAGAUCCUGACUUGUUCCAAAUCCUGUUAACCAUAGAUUCCCAGAACUGGGACUUAAGAUAGAAAUUAAAACAAAUACAGUUAAAACAUAUAAAUAAAACAUACAGAAGUUAUAAUUAAAAUGUAAUUAAACUAUGGUUAAUAGAAGGUUUCUUGGGUGAAUGAUGGCAUACCAAAGAAUAAAGGGGCGAUGUAAGAAUGGAAUACGUAAGCACAGGACAUUUACAUAUCUCCAUUUAUAAAGCCAGGAUAUAUAUGUCUGAAUUCAGCCAUUGUUUUGGCCAAAAAGAUGAAACAGAACUGAAGCUCUCACUUUAAUUUUAUUUUUGUUAGACUGCACUUAAUAAACCUUUAAAUCAAACUGCAAAGUGGCACACAAAUCAUAUGAUUGGAAUUUUAUAUGUACAUGUACAACAAAACAACUAAUUCAGAACUGAAUACAGUAAGUAUGAAACACACUUGAUGCCAUCAUUAUUUAUUGGAUCAAGCAACAUACUGUGUGCUACAAAUGAAAUUUAGGGAUAGAAUUUAUACACAGUUGGCCUUUUAUAAUUUCAUAUUUAUUAAUAUUUACUGAAUCAUUUACUAUUAAUGUCUGUAACCACUUUUAUUUCCAUUGAAGACGUACAUAUUUUGUAAAGUAUUUAUUUUACUAAAACUUGCAAUAAAUCCAGUAGAAUUUAUUAUUAUUAACCUUAGUGAACCUAGUGUUAACCUAGCUUGGUUUAUGGUUUGUUUCCUGUCUUGUAUAUAAACAUUUUAAAGUGCAGUUGCCCCAAACUCUGAAAAAUUAUUGUUACCAAACAUUUUGAAUAAAAGUUAUUUUCCUUCUAA